CUCUCGCUCUGGCUGCACGACUUACAAAGUGAAGGAGAAGAGUAAUUUAAGAAGCAGAUUCUGUACAAAGAGAGAAAUAAGAGAGCCCAUAUCAGAGGAAACUGUUAAUCCAGGGAAAAAUAAAAAACUAAAAGGAAUAGCAAAUCAACCCUUCAUAUAUCUUCUACAAUUGCAUACAACAAGUAUAGCAGCAGUUGUCGUUGUUGCGGAGGUACUCUGUGAAGCAGAGAAGCCAUUCUUAGCUUUAAUACUCUCUCUCUCUCUCUAUCUGUCUCUCUUCUUUCUUUUAUUUUUUUUAUCUCUCCCUCCUCAUCACAGUCUCAGACACGCACGCUCUGCAGUACAGCAGCUUAAGGUUCCUUCUGGGGACACCACCGUAUCCCUUCUCAUUCUGCUGCCUUUGUCCCUUCCCUGAAAUUCUCUCUCUGUAUCUCCACUAUAUAAUGUAUCUUUCUUGAACUUGUUUACCAAAAAUGUUUGAAGAAUCCUUACAUGCAGUGCCCGUCGACAGAACUGUUGAACAGGCAAUAUUAGCUUUGAAGAAAGGCGCACAUCUUUUGAAGUGUGGAAGAAGAGGGAAGCCCAAGUUCUGUCCUUUUAGGCUUUCUACGGAUGAGAAAUAUUUGAUCUGGUAUUCUGGACAGGAGGAAAAGCAAUUGAGAUUGAGUUCUAUCAUGAAGAUUAUUACUGGACAGAGUACUGUAAAUUUUCGAAGGCAACUUCAACCAGACAAGGAGCAUCAGUCAUUCUCGCUAAUCUAUGCUAAUGGUGAACGCUCACUGGAUCUGAUAUGCAAGGACAAAGUGCAGGCUGAUUCUUGGUUAAUAGGCUUAAGAGCUGUUAUAUCCAGGUGUCACCGUUCUAGGCCUUUUCCUGGUCUCAGGAGCCACGGAGGGGCGCUUAGUUGUAUCAACAGUCCCGCUGGUUUUAUUAGAAGAAAGCGUAAUCUGGGAAUUCUGGAGGAUGCCACAGAACUUUCGCAGGUGCGUAGCUUAUGUGGAAGUCCUACUCAGUCAGUAUCAGACAGGUGUUUUUCUGAUGGUUUUUCUCUUUCUUCUGAUAGCUUUUGUAUAUCAGAAUCAAGCCUUCAACAGAUGCAGAAUGUAGCAGAUACAUCUUUCCCAAAUUCACCUUAUGUCGAACCAAAUAUCAAUAAAUGUGGAUCUAUUUAUGCUUUCUCUGAACUUCAAAAAGAAAUGUCUCAUAGGUUUGUUACCCCGACAUACGGAUCUCCACAGACAGGGAAAAAUGACAUCCUGAAGGAUGUUCUGAUCUGGGGGGAAGGUGUGGAAGGAGGAAAUAUAGGGGGUAUGGUUCAGAAGCUUGGUAACCAAAAUGGGAUGCAAGUUGAUGCAUUAGUGCCAAAAUUAUUGGAAUCCACAGUGAUGCUCGAUGUACAAAGCAUAUCUUUAGGAGGAAAACAUGCUGCCUUGAUCACCAAAAGGCGUGAAGUUUUCUGCUGGGGUGAGGGAAGUGGGGGAAAGCUUGGACAUAAAGUUAACAUGGAUUUUAGCUAUCCAAAAGUUGUUGACUCCUUGGGUGGUGUCCGUAUAAAAUCUGUUGCAUGUGGUGAAUAUCAAACAUGUGCUCUGACAGAUUCUGGUGAACUAUACAUAUGGGGUGACAACAAAAGUGGUGCUAAUUUGGUUGAAGUGAGAACCAGAAACCAGUGGCUACCAUAUAAACUUUCUGGACCUUUUGAUAGUAUAACCAUAUCAAAAGUUGCUUGUGGGGAAUGGCAUACAGCAAUUUUGUCCUCGUCUGGGCAAUUAUUUACAUAUGGAGAUGGAACUUUUGGGGUACUUGGUCAUGGGAAUCUUCAAAGUGUUUCUUAUCCCAAGGAGAUUGAAUCUCUAAGAGGUUUAUGGGUAAAAUCGGUUGCUUGUGGAUCAUGGCACACUGCUGCGAUUGUGGACAUUGUUGCCGACCGCUUAAAGUUCAAUGCUGUUGGUGGGAAACUAUUUACAUGGGGGGACGGUGAUAAAGGAAGACUUGGGCAUAUUGACAUGGGAAAAAAACUUGUACCAACAUGUGUUGCACAACUUGUGGAAUGCGAUUUUGUUCAAGUUUCCUGUGGAAGGAUGCUUACUGUUUCACUUACCAAUACAGGUAGGGUCUAUACAAUGGGAACCUCAUUGUAUGGGCUGUUAGGGAAUCCUCAGGCUAAGGAUAAAUCAAUAACAAUUGUUGAAGGAAAGCUUAAAGACGAGUUCGUUAAGGAGAUAUCAUCAGGAUCAUAUCAUGUUGCUGCCUUGACAUCAGAGGGACGUGUAUAUACUUGGGGGAAGGGCACAAAUGGGCAGUUAGGAUUAGGCAUCACUGAAGAUAGAAACUCUCCAACUUUUGUUGGGGCUCUGAGAAACCGGCUGGUCGAAAGUAUAACUUGUGGAUCAAAUUUAACUGCUGUAAUCUGUCUGCACAAAUCUAUUUCAAUUACUGAUCAAUCAGCUUGUAACGAUUGUAGGAUGCCAUUUGGACUUACAAGGAAGAAACACAACUGUUACAAUUGUGGUCUUCUGUUCUGCCAUGCAUGUAGUGCUAGGAAGGUCAUAAAUGCAUCUUUGGCUCCUAAUAAAAGCAAGCCUUCUCGUGUCUGUGAUUCCUGUUUUAUGCUUCUACAGAAAGCUACGGAUUCAGGGAGAAUAGUAAAACUGGAAAAUCAGGGCCCAAAGCAGAAGUUAUCUUCCAAUAAGAUGUUAUCUGAUGAGAAAGAAGGCAGGGGGGAAGCAACUCCAGUACUGUUAAAGAGUCAAUUAUAUGAUCUUGAUAGCCAAGCUGGUAAGAAGAUUACUCUUAAAAAACAAGGGGAAAAGGAGCAGCAUUUAGAAACUGUCUCUUCCUUUUCAGCAGGAAUUUCACGAUGGGGGCAAGUCUCAUGCCCUGCUGUGUUUGAAUCAUACUACAGUAAGCAUUCCGCUCCUCCAGUGGACUCAAGGUCACCUGUUUCAAGCGUUGUAAAUACAGAUAAAGUCAUGUUUGAAGCAAAUGAGACGCUUUCUGAAGAAGUUCAGAGACUAAGAGCAGAGGCUAGGAGCCUUGAAAUGCAAUGUGAAAUUGGAACCCAGAAGAUUCAAGAAUGUCAAGAAACUAUAGAGAAAACUUGGUCGCUGGCCAGAGAGGAAGCAGCUAAGCGUAAAGCAGCAAAUGAGAUCAUAAAAGCUUUGGCAUUAAGGCUUCAUGCAAUGUCAGAGAAACUAUCUUCUGGAAAAGGAGCAAAAGUUAGAGCUGAUCUGACUACUAAUUCCCAGAAGGCACAGGCAAAUACAAAUAGUCCUUGUGUGAGCCCACGGCCUCCAUUGGCUUUGUUCCAUUUGCCCCCUGAAGUAAAAUUAUCAAAAGAUGGACAAAGAGAUAGUUUAUCAAGCUCCCCUAUUACAUUCUCUAAUACAUUAAAGUCGCUGGAUGCGAGAGGGUUGUUCAAAGAGAUUGGCAAAUCAGAUGAUGAUUCCCAUACACCAAGAACAAACUCUAGGCGAAAUGGAACUAAAGGCUCAAGGCUUGAAUGGGUUGAGAAAUGUGAACCUGGUGUAUAUAUCACAUUCACAACUUUGCCGUGUGGGCGAACAGGGCUAAAGCGAGUCAGAUUUAGCCGGAAACGAUUUGCUGAGAAAGAAGCAGAGCGGUGGUGGGAGGAGAAUCAAGUUGCAGUGUACCAGAAGUAUGGCAUUGAAGGAUAUGUGGACUCAAACCAAAAUCAGAUAAAGAGCUACAUUUGAGUUUUAUCAUUUUAUGCAUUCACAUAGAUACAGGCUAAAAAUUGCAGAAAAGAAAGAGAGAUUUCCUUUCGGCAAUAAUAUAUUAUUAAUUAAAUUCAUCAAAAUACUUAAGAAUUAAAUGCUUUUAUUUUUUUUAAAUUUAAUAUAAUAAUCCCAAACUUCUAAUCAACGUUUUGCAUGGUUUGAAUAUAAAUGUG